CAACAACGCCAACGACCUACCGAUCAGUCACAUCCACGCCUUCGCUGUACAGCGAAAUAACACCACUCACUCACGAGAUCCGUAUCAAAUUUUGCGGAGGAAUGAAUCCACCGAUCUCGCGCUGAGAUUUUUUCCAAGCGCGGGCCUGCGGCUGCGGCCGCCAUACAAACAAAGCCCACCACCAUGGAGGAGGCCAAACGACCCGUGAGAUGGGACCUCGACAGCGACGAGAUCGCAUCAGUCGCCUCCGAGGACCUGUACCGCAAUCGCCCGAACCGCUGGACGGGGCCCAAGUCGUCGUGGCGCGCGCUCACGGCGGAGGAGCGGCAUCUGUGGCGGUCGAUGCGGCAGCUCGAGCACCAAGACCUGGCGGUGCACCUGUACGACGCCUUUGCGCUCAAGCGACAGGGCAGGGACCCGGCGACGGCGCGCAUGCUCACGAUACAGGCGGACAACGGAAACGAGUCAGUAUGGGCGCCGCCCAAGCAGUGGACCGCCUGGCCUCUCAGGGAGAAGAACGUUCCGCAGGAACAUCUCGUCAGGCGGCAGGACGACGAGGCUGAGCAGUUUACGAUACGUCGCGAGGAGAUCAAGGCCUUGCCGAGCGCAGAUCUGCAGGAUGAGCUGGGCGCGGCGAUACUGCGGCUCGCAAAGGAGCGCUUCCGGAAGCGCAAGCGGUGGCAGCUGCCGGUGCGGGCGUCGAUAGAAUCUGAGGCUUCCCCCCCGGGCCCCGUUCAGCGCGAGUUUGACGACGACGAUGGCGGCAAGCAGGAGGACGAGAACGAAGAAGAAGAGGAGGGGGCGUCGAUGCCCUCGUCACCGCCACGGCCCACAAUGAAGCACGAGUCCGGCGACGACAGCACGAACAUGAUGCAGCUCGACAGCGACGGUUCAGCGCAGGGAGAUGCAUCCACUCGGCAGUCGAAACGCUCCAAGGGACCCAAGGAAGAAAGGACGUACGAGCCCAUGGUCUCGACCAACGACGAGCUGUCCUACGCGCUGCUCCAGCCCUCGGUCCGACACAUCCUCUCCCAGCUCGACAAGACGCUGCAAGUCCUCCACAACGCGCGCGUCGCCGGGCUGUGCUACCUCUCCGACUCGCCCAGCGACUCGGACUCGGACUCGCAAGCCGGCAUCACCACCGUCACCACCGCCGCAGCCACGCCGCGGAAGCGCUCCCGCGGGCGGCCCCGAAGCAUACCCCGACCCGGCACCGCCAGCGACGGCGCCGUCACGCCGCGGACGAGCCGCCGCGGCCGCCCGCGCAAGGUCCACGUCCCGCGCGAGGGCGAGACCGAGGACGAGAUGCGCCUGCGCGUCGCCCGCGAGAGCCACAGGCGUCUGCCCUGCACGCCGAGCGACCGCGAUGCCGCCUUUGAGGAGUGGCUGCGCCAGGGCGACGAGCGCAUCGAGCGCCGGAGGACGAGGAGCCUCGAGACGGCCAAGGCGGAGGCGGAGGCGGAAGUGGAGGCGGAGGGUGCUCAGUCCACCUCCGCGCCCGAGGACACGGAGGCGCAAGACGGCAGCCCGACCGGGGGGGAGGACUCCUACCACUACGACUCUGAUGCCGCGCCGGGCCGCCGCCGACACCGCCCUGACGACGGCGACGGCAACGACGACGACGAUGAGGGCAGCAGCAACCUCGACCGCAAGAUCCGAAGAUGGGGCCUCCGCGACUGGAGCGACGUGGUCGGCGCCGCCGCGCUGGCCGGCUUCCCCGAGGACGUCAUCAAGCGCACGACGAGGCGCUGCGCGGACCUCUUCGGCGAGACCAUGGUCAUCAGGCGACUCGACGAGGUGCCCGCGUCGCGCGGCCCGCCGGGCUUCCACACCGUCGAGUACCGCCCCGAGCGCAUCCGCCUCUCCUCCUCCUCCCCUCCCGGAGCCGCCUCAUCCGCCGCCGUCGCCGCGGCGUCCUCGUCCUCGUCCGACGAACAAGUCCGCCCCACGCUGCGCCAGCGCCGCCUCGCCUCGCUCGCCUCCUCGCCCUCCCACACGCCGCGCGGACGCUCCGCGACACCGGUCUGCUCGCCGGCAGCAGCAGCAGGAGGCUCAUCGCGCUCCCGCAGCCGCUCCUCCGCGGCGCUGCUCUUCUGCCCCGUCACGACGUGCGACCGCGCCGCCACGGGUUUCGCCCGCCGCGCCAACCUGCGGAGGCACAUGCACCUCGUGCACCCGGAUGGAGGCGCCGACCACCGCGACGUGGGCGCGGAGGGGUGGAGGAAGAAGGAAGGGGAGCAGGGGGAGGGAGAGGGGGGCGAGGAGGAGCGCGACAGCGAGGACGAGGCCGUCGGCGCGGUGCACGUCGACGGCUUCCUGCGCACCAUACGGGUCGGCCGCGGGUGGCGUGCCGAGGACGUCGCCGAGCGGAAGAGGAAGGCUUUUUGGGGCGGACGGCCGGUCCGGGGCAGGGCGACUAGGAGAGGCCGGCCGCAGAGUGGCGACGACGAUGGCGACGACGACGAUGGGGACGAUGAGGCGGGAGACGAUGAGUCGUCUUGACGGAUUUCCAUACAUCAUAGGAAGGUGACACACAGGCGUGGUAGUUGUUCCAUCAUAGCAAGCUUGUACAAAGUAGAUUUCGGCUUGCCAGCCCAGUGGUUGAUUCUCCAACGCCAACGACGAAAACUG